AUCAACAAGUGUGAGAUAUAGAACAAAGACUGUUGAGAGUUGUUUCUUCUUACUAUUUUUGUAGUUUAGUUUUCUUAAGAUUUUCACAGUUCCAAACAUGGAGUUGGAAUCUAAUGCUGACAGAAUGUUUGCUCUACCAGUUGACUCAGAACAUAAGGCCAAUGAAUUCAGAGUGUACUCUGCUUCAGCUCCUCACAUGCGAUCAUUUCACCUUUCUUGGGUUUCUUUCUUUGCUUGUUUUGUUUCCACAUUUGCUGCUCCACCACUUCUCCCCAUAAUCCGUGACAAUCUUGAUCUUACAGCCACUGACAUUGGAAAUGCUGGGAUUGCAGCUGUUUCUGGUGCUGUCUUUGCAAGAAUUGCUAUGGGAACAGCUUGUGACUUAUUUGGUCCAAGACUUGCUUCAUCUGCACUUAUUCUCUUAACUGCACCAGCAGUUUCCUUAACUGCAAUUUCCAAUUCGGCGAUUUCCUUCCUUCUUGUUCGUUUCUUCACGGGCUUUUCACUUGCCACUUUUGUCUCGACCCAAUUCUGGAUGAGCUCUAUGUUCUCUGCUAAGGUCGUUGGCACGGCCAAUGGCAUAGCCGGAGGCUGGGGAAAUCUUGGUGGCGGAGCUACACAGCUAAUUAUGCCUUUAAUCUUUUCACUAAUACAUAAAAUCGGUGCAACUGAGUUUACUGCUUGGAGAAUUGCAUUUUUUAUACCUGCCUUGUUUCAGGCUUUAUCAGCAUAUGCUGUUUUCUUUUUAGGCCAAGAUAUGCCUGAUGGGAAUUAUGCACAGCUCCAUAAAUCAGGAGAAAAGCAUAAAGAUAAUAUAUCAGAUGUUCUCUAUCAUGCAAUUACAAAUUAUAGAGGGUGGAUCUUGGCAUUGACUUAUGGCUAUUGUUUUGGGGUUGAACUCACUGUGGACAACAUAAUUGCACAGUAUUUUUUUGACAGGUUCCAUGUGAAUCUUCACACAGCUGGAAUUAUUGCAGCCAGUUUCGGGUUAGCAAAUUUAUUUUCCAGGCCUGGAGGAGGGAUAUUGUCUGAUAUCGUGGCGAAAAGGUUCGGAAUGAGGGGAAGGCUUUGGGCACUAUGGAUUGUGCAAACUAUAGGAGGCUUGUUAUGUGUUCUUUUAGGGAAAGUAGAAUCUUUAAGUGGUUCUAUUGUUGUGAUGCUUGUGUUUUCAGUGUUUUGUCAAGCUGCCUGCGGCCUUACUUUCGGGGUAGUUCCAUUUGUUUCAAGAAGAUCACUGGGCAUAAUUUCGGGGAUGACAGGAGGAGGAGGAAAUGUUGGAGCAGUAAUAACUCAAGUAAUUUUCUUUAGAGGAACAAGAUAUUCAACAGAAACAGGGAUUACAUACAUGGGUAUCAUGAUUAUAUGUUGCACUCUCCCCAUUUUGUUUAUAUACUUCCCACAAUGGGGUGGAAUGUGUUAUGGUCCCUCAUCUAAAGGCUUGACAGAGGAAGAUUACUACAUGAAAGAGUGGAGUUUAACUGAGAAAGAGAAUGGUUUUCACCAGGCAAGCAUGAAAUUUGCUGGUAAUAGUACAAGUGAAAGAGGUAAUUAAAAAAGUGGAAUCUGCUCCUACUAUACACCAAUAGAUGGAACUCCAAAUACAACCAUUUGAGUUCAAGCAUGUUUUUAUCGUAUUGUAUUUUAUUGUUCAAGUUACACAAAUUUCUGUUUAAGCUUACUAAGAACUCUAGUGCAAUGUGUGUAUUUUUCUAUUUUUCUUGACUUUGCAUGGUUAUUUUGUUUCUCUAGGCGUUUGUACUAGGUAAAUUGUAUCAACUAUGUAAAUUUUGACAAAGGUACGAAAAAACAGAGCCAUUAUAUAUUGAGGUGUGCAAGCUAAUGUUACUCAUGAGCAAUGAAGCUACACUGG